AUGUCUUCCGAGAACACCAUUACUGUGACGCUACCCCAACUAGCCAAGAUGAUCGACCACUCCCUUUUGCACCCCACCAUGACCGACGCCGACAUCCUUGCCGGCCUACAGAUCGCCAAAGAGCACAAUGUGGCAACUGCCUGCAUCAAACCCUACUUGAUCCCUCUUGCCAGGCAGGUGCUAGCCGACACGGACGUCAACGUAUGCCCGGUGAUCGGGUUCCCGCACGGCAACAGCACCACAGAGAUCAAAGUCCUCGAAGCCAAGGCCGCUGCUGAGGCCGGCGGCACCGAGAUUGACAUGGUUGUCAAUGUCGGCAAAGUCCUCGGUGGGGACUGGGAGUAUGUAGCGGAGGAAAUCGACGCGGUCAACCAAGCCGUCGUGGGCCACGGGGCGGUGCUCAAGGUCAUUUUCGAGAACGACUAUUUGCAAUCCGCGCAUAUUGUGCGGUUGUGCGAGAUCUGCACCGAGGCGAAGGUUGCCUUUGUCAAAACUUCUACUGGCUAUGGGUUUGUCAAGCAGGCCGAUGGAUCGUACAACUAUCACGGCGCGACGGUGUCGGAUCUGAAGCUUAUGCGGACGCACUCAGGACCCGAUGUCCAGAUUAAGGCUGCUGGGGGUGUGCGUACGUUGGAUGACCUGCUACACGUUAUGAGCCUGGGGGUGACCCGGAUUGGAGCUACGGCGACGGUAGCUAUUCUCAAUGAUGCGAAGCAGCGGGGCAUCGGGGAGGAGCCGGUGGAGGUGACUUUUAAGCCGAUGGAGGAGAAGUCUACUGGCGGGCGUUAA